CGCGUUAGGAUCGCUGCCGGAGGCGGUGCGAGGCGGAGCAGCCGAUUUUCUCGAACGUUUUUUGUUCGCUGUGUAUCGUGCUUGUAGGAUGGCGGCUGAUGCAGUCGCUGGUCAGAUAAUGCCGUAACUGCCGGUUGUUGCAGAGAAUCUCCAGUUUUCCGGGAGCAUAAAAUAGCGAGCCUAGCGCUUUUGGGAAGCCCCUGAUCUCUGCCUAAAGCGUAACCGCAGCCCGCUUUGAUGGGGGGAUGUUUUGGGUUUCUACGUGUUUGUUAAGCCUCUAAAGAAAGCAUGGAGUCCAUGGCGUGACAUCCGGCUGUGCUGUCGGAACUCAUUCCCUCUCAAGCCUAUCCUUUGCGUUUACAGUGCCUUUCUGCUUCCUGAAGUCAAAUAUGAGAGAUACUGUGGGAGUUGAAAUAUCAAGGGAGAACGUUGGACAGCUUUUAAAUGUGGAGAGAUAGCAGUCUUAAAAUGACUGUUCAUGAAAGUAGUCAACAUAAGUUAGGAAGUGACAGCCUCAGGAAAGAUUGAAGUAAAGGGUGCUUGGAGUGUGGACUUGAAUGGUGGUGGGAUAAGGUGGAAUGGUUUGAGUCACCAUGGAUAGUUGCAGUGGUUCUGGGUUUUUUUUUUUAAGCUUAUGAGGAAAUACAAGGACAAAGUUUCAAGGAAACUAGCAGAGAUUUCAAACAAAACUCUUUAGGAAAUAGGGUGAAUUGGCAUCAAAGAGAGCAAUACUUUUUCAUUUCAGAUUAGAUUACCCAUGGAAACAGAAAAACAGGGCAACAUUCAGGGGGUUGUGGAAAUUCAUUGAAAUGCUAGAGUUAGGAUGAUAAUAAAGUAGAAAUAAAAACCCUUUUUCACCAUUUCCAAUGAAUCUUUUGAAAGUUCACAUGUUAACAUACUGGUCAUUUGAACAGUAUUAUCAGCUCAAAUCAGCUUUUUAAAAAAUUUUUUUUAUUCCCAGAUUACAAGAAUAAAAUAGAUCUUUGCUAACUGGAGUGUCUUAGGGCAGAAGAGCACAGCUUUAUCCACCAGUCCUCCACUUCAAACCAAUUAGAAACAGUGAGAGAUGAGAGUUUGGAUUGGAUGGAUGAAUGGGUUGAUAGGGAGCCUGACACUAUCCUGCUCCCACCAGUUUUAGAAAUCUAUCUUUAGUAUCUUCCUUCACAGCUUAUUCUUUGUGUGAGUAUACUUACUGUCACUGUAAGCCUUUACUGUCUGCUCAUGUUUGUGACACAUUCUGCUCUACAUUCGUAGCUGUCCUCAUUUCUCUUGGAAAUUCAGGACUUCAUGCAUCCAAAAAACAUUGUCUAGAUUUAGAUAGAAAAAGUGUUUUUCUUGUUCUGUGUGACUGCAGAAAGACACUGAAGCAUUUCACUAAAGACCUCAAAUAUGUUGUUAAAUACAUCAGCAGUAUGUUGCAGGUAGGGAAGCCUCUGGAUAACAGAUAAUUUUGGAUCAUGGCGCAUUAGGGUUGGGCUCAAGAUGUGUUGAAAGAAGUUCAUAGUAAAGAAUCUCUUACAUAAAAUUAAUCACUUCCUUGUCAGGAAAUUCCCAGGACACGGAUCUCUGGAAUGUGGCACAUUACUUGAGGACAAAUUUGCCUGCAUGAGCUGCAACAAAGUUGCUUUUCCAGCUUGGCCUUCAACGUCCAGGUAAGUAUAUCAGAUCUAGACAGCUACAGCUAUCUCUGGCAUUUUUGUGCAGUACUGCAGCGUGGGUUUUUCAAGAAAUUCUAACUCUCUUCUAACUAACUUCUGAAAUAGGGCAUUCAAAGUUAUUUAAUUACACUUACUAAGUAUGAUAGCACUAUUGAAUAGAAAAAAAGCCACUACAGAUGGGAUAAAUGGUUAACUACGUUAGGUAAGGAUCCCAUGAAAAAUAGAAAGAAGGCAAAGUAUAACAGCUGAAAAUACCAGCAAAAGACAUAUACAGAUGAGCAAAGAGGGAGUUUAUUGGUGAGAUCCAAUAAAGGACUUGCAUACCUAAAGCAAGCUUUAAGAGGAAUUUAAGUACUGAGGUUCUAAAAAAGAGAUCUAAGAAAUCUCGCACAGCUGCUGCCUAACUGGGAAGAUGCCUGAAGUCAGAAAACUUUUUAAUUUAUAUCCCUAGAGUGGCUAGGGUUUUAUUUCUGCAGCAGCUGGAACUGCUGCAGAACUUCUCUGCACUUACUCUUAAACCAGAACAGUCUUCAACUGAGUUGUCUAAGUGACUCUAUUUUGUCAGUAUUUUCAGGCCCCACCAAACACACUGUUGUAUUCAGAGAUUCUUAAAGUUAGGUGUAUGUGCUUGCUUUUCACAUUUACGUGAAGGAUGGUGAGAUGGAGUAACUUUUUAUUUAACAAUCUAUCUUCAGUUAUGUAUCUGAGCUGCAAGAUUCAGUUUGGUUCUAUUUAGGAGUUUUCAAACUUGUCUCAUCUCUCCAAGUAAUUUAUCCUAAAGUGUGACAGCAUGAAUUUAAAUUGUCUUGGGAGCAUGAAUUAGAGAUGAGGAUGUCAUUUCCUGCUGAAUGCCCUAUUCUUUGGGAUAAAUCUCACACUUUAUUUCUGUCCCUAUAGACUUUGAAUCCUUUUCUUCUCAGUGGCACAGCUUUAACAGGAUCAGAGCAGAGUCAUCUUUGUUUUUAAUAUCCUAUUUCUUGUUGAGUAGAAUCACUUUUCUUUAUUCAAAGAAAAUAUUUAUUGAUUUAAAUCUUUUUGAUUUAAUGAGGGCCUGCAAUGGCAAUGGGUUGCUCUAUGAGAGGUGUUUUUCUUCCUUCUGUUAUCUCCGCCAUGAUUUAACAGACUGGUAGUUGGAUCCUACAGAUAGAGAGGACUGUGGAGAGGACACAUCAGUGAAAAAUUAAAAAAAAAAAAAUUAAAAAAAAAAUUGGAAUUGCAUAAUUUUUGUGUCCAGAUAACUCAUUCUUUUACUGGUGCUGGGAUUAAAUGUAUUCCCAUCAAAAAUGAUAGUCAUCACACUUAACUAUUGAUAUGGGUGUUUUUGUGUAUGUUUUUAUAUAUGUUAGCAUCAAUUGCUCUUGAUGAGCAAGAUGCAGUAAUCUGAUCUGAUGAUUAUAUUUUGGAGUUGUGAAAAUACAGUGGCUGCCUUGAAGACACCAAUUUGAAUUGCUUGUUGCCCUGUUCUUGUGUUCAUUUUUCCCCCAUGGUGCGAUAAGACCUAUAAAGAUAUGCGUUUCAAAAGAUAGCAGAAUUUUUCUACACUUGCAGGGCAAUGCAAUUCUAAAUGUGAUCAAUAAGUUUUUAUUUUAGGCUUCUCUGGUUUGAAAACCUUGUUUAGCUCCAAGUAUGAUACAAGUAAUGUUUGUCUUCUCUUUAGGAAGAGAUUCCUUGGACUGAUUGGACUUCUUCCUUCUGCUAUUUUGCCUGGUGCUUUUCAUGCUAUUGUUUGCUCUGUCAAGGCCUAAAUGCUCCAAGCGUGACCCACAGAGAAUAAUGUUGUCUUCUCCUGUGUGAUGACAUUGAGCAGAACAACAUUUUGCUUCAAAAGAGAUGUCUGAAAGUCUUCAGAAAGUGAGUUGCAUGGGAUGGAACAUGAGGCUACCCAGCUAGAAAAGCAGCAUGUGCAUAGUGUGUAUGAAAAUACAGCUGCCUACUUUAAUGAUCUGCAGAGCAAAGCAUGGCCUCGUGUGAGAAACUUUCUGUUGGAGCAAAAGCCUGGCAGUCUCGUUGCUGACAUAGGUUGUGGAACUGGAAAAUAUCUCAGUGUCAACAGUCAGGUGUACAAUCUUGGCUGUGAUUACUGUGGACCAUUGGUAGAAAUUGCAAGGAAGAGAGGUGAAGAAGUUCUGGUUUGUGACAACCUUAACCUUCCCUUUAGGGACCAGUGCUUCAAUGCAGUCAUUUCCAUUGGAGUGAUCCAUCAUUUCUCAACUAAACAAAGAAGAAUCAAAGCAAUAAAGGAAAUGGCGAGAGUACUGAUGCCUGGGGGCCAGAUGAUGGUUUAUGUUUGGGCUAUGGAACAAAAGAAUCGCCACUUUGAGAAACAAGAUGUAUUUGUUCCCUGGAACAAGGCCUUGUGCUCACGGCAUUUUUCAGAAUCGAAUCAAUCUGGAGAUAAGGGAGAGUUUGUGCAUGCAGUAAAAAGCCAAGAUAUAUACCCUGCAGAGGUACUGAGCUCUGAGUACAGCUACCAAACCAAUCUACAACCAGAAACUGAUUCAAAACAUCCCCACAGUAUGGACCAUUGUUUAUCCAGAGCCUGCUGCAUGAAAAUUUCUGAAGAGGAAAAUAGAUUUUACAGUGCUCUUGGAAGAUCUUUCCGCUCAUGGUUUUUCUCCAGAUCCCUUGAUGAAUCAGCCCUCAGAAAGCAAACUGAAAAGUUGAAGCCUCUGAAGAAUGAAGGAGAAUGGACAAACAGUACCGUGCCUAUUCAGCAGUCACGACACUGCAGUUUGGAUUUAGGUCAUCAUAGGGCACUGCUAAAAGAACAAUGUGUAGAUGAUGAUGAUGUAUUUGUAGAAAGCUCACCUGUCAAAAAACUGCCAUGGUCACAAGCCAUACAUGCACUGAAGGAUUUGAGUUUAAAUGGAGGACACCGAAGUGCAGCUCAGAGCAAAGAUGAAGAAGCUACAUUUAUAAAUGGCCCAGUGGAAGAAAAGGACCACAGCUGCAGCUGUAAUAAAGAUGAUGCUGUUAAGUCUAAUGCCAGCAAGUUUUUCAAAAGAACUUCAACAACUGACUCCACUGACUCUGCUUUGGAUUCAGCAGUGUCUGUUGGGGACCAAAGUGAUGACACACUGGAUACAAAAGCCUUCAUGCGCUAUUAUCAUGUUUUUCGGGAAGGGGAGCUUUGCUCUCUGAUAGAAGAGAAUGUGCCUGAGCUUCUGAUACUUUCUUCCUGCUAUGACCAUGGAAACUGGUGCAUUAUUGCAGAGAAAAGAGGACAAUAGCUGUAAACAGGACAAAACAAUGUAGUGACUGAGGAUUUUAAGCUGCUCCUUGUGUUCCUGUGACUGUACAGUGUGAUGUGGAAUUUCAAUCCCUUGUAGUCAUGUGCCAUUCAUUCCCGAGUUUAUUACAUAUGUAAAUAUUUAAUGCAAAGCCUGUAUAUAGGAAUGUAAGUGGCAAACAAUAUUUAUGUUUUGUUAAACUUUUAUGGAGUUAAAAAUGAAGAGUUUUAUAUUGCUUUUAGCAAACAAUUGUGUUUUUAAAUAUACUUUUCUAUUGAAAAAUAAAACUUUUUUAUAAGACAAGGAAAGGAUCAGGACAUCUUUUAUGAGAAAUAUAAUCUCAGUAGUACAUUCAGGUUUUGUUCUUGAAAAUGCUGAAAGUAGAUUAUUCCCUGUUCUUGAAAUCAUAUGAAUAGAGACAGACACAUUUUGAAAAACACUUGAGUAUAUGCUGCUUGAGUGCAUGCUGCAGAACUGGGAGCAAGCAUGGUCCUAUUGCUACAUAGUUUGGAGUAGAGUUGUUAGUGGGCAAUACUAUGUACAGAACAAGCUCGGCAGCUUCUGUCAUUUGUGACUGAUAUUUCAGAAUAAAUGGCAGAAUGAAUUUUGAA